AUGUUCAAUCGUUGGACGCGUACACCAGCAGUCAUUGUAUCUGCUGUAGCUCUUGUGUUGAUAUUCUAUCUUCUUCAUAAAUCAAAUAGCGUCGAACCCUUUGAUCUCAACCAAUUAUGUGGACUGAAACGCCCACUACCUUCACGGAUAAAAAGCAAGGAAAGUCAACAUGUACACUAUCUGUUUGACACAGAAGAUAAUUCCUCCCAAACUGACCUGAGGAUGGAAGAUCACCACUGGGCAGAAGGCGAUAUCAGAGGAGCCUUUUACAUGGUUGUAGAAAACACACAGUUACAAAAGGCUAGAGAAUCCAUACGUAGUGUACAAGAUAGGAUGGCCAAUAGCACCUAUCCUUGGAUCAUUCUCAACAGUCAAAAAUUCACACCGUCAUUCAAGAAUUAUGUUCGCAUGGCUGCUUCCCCUACCACACGUAUUUAUUUUGGUCAAAUUGAUUUAGAAGCUUGGUCCUUUCCUUAUUGGAUAGAUUCAGAUCGUGCGGAUAAUGCCAUGAAACGUAUGCUGCAUUACCAUAUCGAUCAUGCAAACAGCCAAUACUUUCAUCAACUUCAACGGUACCAGUCAGGAUUAUUCAUUCAUCAUCCGUUAUUCGACACUGUGGAUUACGUAUGGCACGUAGAACCAGGCACCACAUUCUCUUGUCAAAUGGAAGACCCUUUUAGACGACUCUCUGCCAGUGGGAAAAAAAUAGGGUUUGCUUUGACCUAUCGAGAAAAUCCAGCCAGUAUGUUUAGUUUAUGGCCUGCCACCCUUCAAUUCUCGAGACAAUAUUCUCCCGUCAUUCGACCCACAGAUAGUACCGUCAUGCCUUGGCUCAUCAACUCGAACUUGGAAUAUAAUUUCUGUCAUAUCUCGUCGGCUUUUCAGAUAGUCGAAACGGCUUUUAUUAGAUCAGAGGCAUAUCAAUUGUAUUUUAAUUAUUUGGACUUCGUAGGUGGUUUCUUUUAUGAGAGGUGGACUGCAUCGGCAGUACAGACUUUAGCAACAGCCAUGUUUUUAAAGAGAAAGGAAGUAUUGUUUUUGAAUGAGGUUGGCUAUGCAGAGAAUCGCGGAGAACAUUGUCCGUUUGAUUAUAAGUUGCUUCAAACCUGUGCAUGUGAUUUCCAGGAUACCCAUGAUUUCAGCGAUAAUAGCUGUACGGUGGAUUUACUGCGUUACAUCAGUCCUGGAACAAUAGAAGAAAUGGCCAAUUUCGCAAGAUCAAAACUAGCAGAACAAUAAUAAUAAUAAUAAUAAUAAUAAAAAGGGUCCACAUUAUGUUUUAGACGUAUGUUACCCCAUUCUCUUUCAAUUGUAGU